AUGACUAAUGGGAGAUUCAGCAUGUGCUGUUUAGGCAACUAAAAUGGUAACUUGCGAAAUUAAGGUCUGAUUCUAUAGUAAAAAGCAUAGUGAUUUAUAAAAGUCGGAAUUUCUCAAAAUUCUUUUCUAAUCACACAAUGGUUCGGACAUUCUUUGAGGGGUAAACAUUGUGACUCAUAGCUCCAACUACUGCAGAGGUACUGUUCUUGUAAAAAAGAGGGCCAGACCACACGUGUACACGAAUGCACACACCCUCGGCCGCUGAGUUAAACUGUAAUCAUUAACUCAGAGGGAGAAAGAGAAGCACUGCUUACUUGAACAAAACCAAGCUGAAACUACACGCAAAUGUCCAGGAGGAACCUGCAGCCGAGAAAGGAAGGCCAUUAUGAAUCGGGUGCUAAUAGAGAAUCAGUGAGUUGGAGCAGCUGAAACAGGAGUGCUGGAUUGUUCAGAUACCUCAAUAUGGUUUCAGCAGUAGUUUGAUGAUUAAUAGUGCUGAUAUCAGUGGAGUCUUCCUGAAAAGAUAAGAACAUCUGGGCUAAAGUCAACUGGGAGAAUCGAAACAGGGAGCCUGAGCCUCGGAAUAUGGCUGAUCAGGAGAGAGAGCGCGAUUGGCGAAAGCUGGAGACGAAUUUCGAAGUGAAGGUCUUCCUCACGGUACUGUACAGCCUCAUUCUCAUCCUGGGAAUCAUAGGAAACAGCAUCACUAUCCACGUGACACAGGUGCUUCAGAGAAACGGGUACUUACAGAAGAAGGUUACUGAUCACAUGGUGAGCCUGGCCUGCUCUGAUUUGUUGGUAUUGCUGAUUGGCAUGCCAGUGGAACUCUACAGUGCUAUCUGGUUCCCCUUUAGUUCUGCUUCUGGAAACGUAGCCUGCAAGAUCUAUAACUUUCUAUUUGAAGCGUGCAGCUAUGCCACUAUUCUGAAUGUGACCAGUCUGAGCUUUGAACGCUACAUGGCUAUAUGCCAUCCUUUUCGCUACAAAUCGUUGGCACGUGCCCGCACCGUUCACCUAAUCCUUGCUGCAUGGGUCACAUCUGUCCUCAUCGCAGUGCCACUGCUAAUUACAACUGGGACUCAAGGUCAUGUGGUAGAGCCAGGACGAGCACCAGCUCAGAACCUGACCUUCUGCACCAACCUGCAAGAGUACUGGGGAAUGUAUCGCACCAGUGUGUUCAUAGCUUUCAUUCUCUACCUGCUGGUCCUUGGCAGUGUCGCUUUCAUGUGCAGGAGCAUGAUUGUUGUCCUUCGGGCACCCAUGAUUACUACAGACACUUCAGGCAAUAGUGUGCCUAAACAUGAGAGUGCCAGAGUCAAAUCCUCCCGCAAGCAGACCAUCAUUUUCUUAGUGCUGAUUGUGUGUGCGCUGUUCGUGUGCUGGAUGCCAAACCAGGUGCGACGUGUGAUGACGGCAGUCAAACCCAAGGGGACAUGGAGUAUGAGUUACCUGAUAUCAUACGUCAAAUUACACCCUGUAGCUGACACCUUCUUCUACCUGAGCUCUGUGCUGAACCCUCUGCUUUACAAUCUCUCAUCACGCCAGUUUCGCUCAGCCUUCCUGCAAACGUUGUGCUGCCGUCUCUCUAUCCAGCAUGUUAACAAGAAAACAGUGGAGAAGAGCAAAGCUUCCCACGCCCCGAGCCAUUCACUACGUCCGCUGCUGUGGAAAAAAACCCAGCUCAAGGCCACGCCGCCUUCCAGUGGAGAUGCUGAAACUCUGACCCCGAGUGCAGAGAGCAGUCCUGUUGUUCAGAUCUUAAACACACCUCCACCUGCCUCAUCAGAGACGGAAACAUGAGUCAAUUCAACCCUCAUAUUCUACUACAACCCUCCUCAGCACCCUGAAUCUCAUUAAUUGACUUUUUUUAGACACAUCUGCGUUGUUUAUCCACUCCGUAAAUGUGAACUUUACAGUUUGUCAUUUUUUUUCAUGUAAAGUUUAUCAUCAGUGAUCACAGAAUUGCUGUUGGCUGAAUAUUUUGAUUUGAUGGACCAUUUUCCAAUUCAUCAGUGACUCAGAUAACAUGCAGAGACCUACAUAACAGACACUACCAGGUCACUGCAGUGUUGGAAAUGAUUCAUCAUGAGGUAAUAUCUGGUUUUAUAAUGGUCAGUUUCCUCUCAUGAACAGUUUAAAUGCAUGGUUCACACGCUGUAGUGAGCAGCAGAUGGACUUCACUCAGUUAUCUUAUAUAUAUGGCUCUGCUUAUAAACCAAAAGCUCAGCGUAGGUUUUCAAUUUCCAUUCAGAAGACGCCUAUUAUCUAUAAUGAAUUAAUGGGCAAAACUUUACAUUAAGGUUCCUAACAACUAACAUAAUUUACUGCAUUACUUAACAACAAACACCAGCAUGUACAUGAAUUUAAAUUGAUUUGAUCCACUGCUCAAAAAUGUCCUCAGAAAAGAAGUUUCCUAAAUAUUUACAAGUUAAUGAACUCUGGUCUCUGGAUACAAAUACUCCAACUUCUUACUCAACUUCAGCCCGUUUUUUUGUUUAUUGUGGGCUUCAUUUUACACAUCGAUAGGAUAAACUUUGGGUAAUGCAGGGGUUGAAUAUUUAAUAUAUUUGUUUUUUUAUACAUUUAAAAGUAUAAUCUAUUGAUAGCUGUGUUAGUUUCUUCACUAAUGUUGCUCAUUGUAAUAGAAACAUUGCUGUACCUGGCUUGGUUUUUUAAAUAAUGUCACUUGAGUGAACCUUAAUGUGAAGCUUUACCAAUUAAUGCACUCCAAUCAUUCAGUAGAUCUUUGAGACUGUGACAAAAGUCUAGUCUGAAGAUACUGUACACACAUUACGGCUGCACAAAAUAGAGACAAAUGUCAAAUAAGCAUACAUUUCUGUCUCGUGUUUUUAUUUAAGAGAACAUUCAAGACAUCUGUUGGUGUGUAGAUGAAUUCUGUUAUUGACAUACAUUAAAAAAAAAAAAUAGUGAUAGCGGUGCAUAUUAAUGUCCAUACUGUGCAGCCGUAACAGACUUAGAUGUACACGUUGCAAAGCUUCAGAUCCAACUCUGUUAGGUUUCUGUUCUUUUUUAAAAACAAGAACACAUUAACAAAAUCAUAAAGCCAAGUUCUAAACAUACUCCUCACAGUUGCCUGAGAGAUUUCCCACUUUGGUGAAUUAAGUAUUGAUAUAUUGCAGUAUUGACUAUACAUGUGAAUGUUUUCAUUUAUAUUCCCAUUAUCUUUCAAAACUUUAUACUUUGUAGUUUUCUUUUUUUUUUUUUUUUUUUAUUUAAGAUACACUACAAUCCACUACAAAAUAUACAAACUCUUUAACCUGCUCUAGAAUGCAGUAAAUACACCUCUUCCCUGCAAAAAGCAACCAAAAACAUCACUAUUUAUUAUUCUUCAGUAUUUUCUGUUGCACUACAUACAUUAUCAAAACUCUAUUUAGGAUUGUUUUGUUGGUGGGGGCGGGGGGGGGAAUAAAACAGUUAUGAUUCUAAACAUGUACAAAUUUCAUUUAAUAAUCCUAUUUUUUUUACUGCUUUUAUGUGUAAGUAUCCCAUUGACCAAACAUGUAACAACAGCACAAUGCAUAAAAUCAGGAAUAUACAGGUCAAGAGCUUCAUUUUCACACCAAACAUUAAAAUGUGGAUAAGAUAUCAGUGUGUUUGACCUUGGCUUGGUGCUGGUGCCAGACAGAAUAGUUUGAGUGCUUAAGAAAGUGCUGAUCACUGAAGCUUUUCACACACACCAGUCUCUAAACAGAAUAGUGUACCAAGGGAAAAAAAUAACAUUCAGUGAUUGGUGGUUUCAAUGGUGAAAAACAGCCUUGUUGAUGAGAGAUAUACCUCAUAUUACCACUCUUUUCCCAAACUCUGCUAAGCCAAAAUAAAGUCAUUUAGAAUACCUAACUCAACAAAUCUAGAGAACUUGUGCAUAAAAACUUUUUACUCAUUACAUCUUUACACAAAUAUCUGCACUUUCAACUUCUUACAUUUCCAAAACAGGCUCGUUACUUUAGUUUUAAUCUAUUUGGUAAAAUGUAAUUUUUUUUUUUUUUUUAGCCCAACAACCUAUUUACUGUCAUUGCGCAACUUUUUUAAUCUACCACUGGUGUAUCAUUUCCUGGCUCUCACAAGUGUGGCUAGUUUACCAAGCCAACAAUGAGCAGGCAGAAAGCAACAAGAAGUCUAGUUAAUGUGGAUGAGACAGAGGGAGUCAGCGAUGUAAACAUGACUGAAAACAGAGACAUUCCUUUAUAUAUACUUCAUUAAUCCUAAAGGGAAAUUGUAUAUUUUGCCUUCUUUUUUGUGAUUUUCACUUGUCAGGAAUCUCAGGUCAGAGCGCAGGGUCAGCCACACUAUGGCACCCCUGGAGCAGUUAGAGUUAAGUGCCUUGAUCAAGGGCCCAACAGUGGAGGCUUGGUGGGGCUUUUAUCUACAACUGUAUGAUCAUUGUUUCUGUAUAUGUUUAAUUGUAUGUAUUCGGCUGAUUAAAUAAAUGCAUGAAUUUAAGUGAGUGAAUUGUAGCAACACUCCUUUUUUCGCAGUACUUUAUUUCAAAUCUGGACCGUAAAGUGACAAAUUAGCAAUUAAACCCAGUUAAUAAUAGUGAACACUAGGGGGCGCGCAGGUCACUAAAAUAGGUUGAACACCUGAUAGGUCGGUACUGUUUCCAAAUUUGGUUUGUUUACAAAAAAAACAGUGUAUCUCAUAUAAUAUAAUAUAAUAUAAUAUAAUAUCUUUAUCAUCUUCUCUUUCGGCUUCUUCUAUUAGGGGUCGCCACAGCGGUUUAUCUGUCUCCAUUCCUCCCUGUCCUCUACAUCUGCCUCUUUCAAACCAAAAAUAUAAUAUAAUAUAAUAUAAUAUAAUAUGAUAUAAUGGUAAGUAAUUAAUUAUUUUCUAACUUCCGCUAAAUCACUAAAUAAUUGACUUCGUGUGUCUUUUAAACACAGAUUUGACUGUGUUUUUUGCACCAUCUGUAGCAUUCUUUAUUACUGAAGAGAGUUACUAAUACUCUGUCUAGACCGGCCCUGUGGACCGGCGUGCUUUACUACUGCUCAACUGUAACACACAGACAGACAGCAGACAGACGGAGAAAGGAGGGGGUUGAAUGGGGGAAGAGAGGAGGGGGGAAUCGUUCAAUCGUUCGACUUUGGACAUUUGGAAUCGACUCUAAAUUUGAUUCAUUAUAUAGAUUUCCAGAAAGAGUCAAUUUCCAGAGUCCGUUUUCUCCAUUAAAGAAUAGACCAUGAAGAAAGAUAUAAAAAAUGUUUCUUAAUUUCAGGUCAUGUUAGUUAGUUCGCUAAUGUGAAAGAUAAGGUGAGUAAAAACAUAAUUUUGCUGGUUAAUAAGGGGGAAAACUUCCACCCGAUUUAACUUAUUUAACUUAUAUU